AAAAUCUGCCGGUCCCGCCUCGUCUGUCCCGCUGCUGGACGAGUAUUGGUGGACCGAUUUUAAAAAAAUUGCCGGGCGAGUGCGGGUAGUACAUAUCUUUAUCCAUUUAGCUUUUUUCCUACCCCACAAGCAGCAAUUAAAGUCUUAAACUAAUCCUAUUGGUUAACCGAUUCAAAUCCACCCUGUUCUUUUAUUCAAAUGAUUAUAUGAUAAUGUUUUCAAGUUCAUUAGUCUUAUUUCAACGCUUCCAAAUAUAUUCUAAGAGGUUGUCAAUUCUCAAUGAUCUAUCUAUACAUAAAAAGGGUAUUUGUAAAUGUCAUUUGUUGUAUCAAUAGUAACCUUUGAGAACCAUUUUUUGUAUAGAUCAAAGAGAUGGGUUUCAACGACCCUUCGUUAAGCUCAAUCAUCCUUUGGUUUGCCGCCGUAACGUCUCCCUUAAUUAUCUCCGUUAUCUUCAUCUUUUUAUGCAUGUGUUUUCUCAAACGCCGUAGGUUUGUGGAUGCAUUACCGGAAACAGAAGACGACCACCACCACAGAAGAGAAACACCGUGCCAAGGGCUUAGCGCUUCUGUGAUUGCCGCCUUUCCGACCUUUUCUUACAAACCGGACAAUAAUGAUACCGAGAGCAACAAUCAAGAGAUAGAAUGUCCGGUUUGCUUAAGGUUAAUCCCUAAGAAUGUCGUUAUUAAGGUUUUACCAAAUUGUAAGCACAUGUUUGAUGAGGACUGUAUUGGUAGGUGGCUCCAAACUCAAGUAACUUGUCCUGUGUGUCGUAGAAUGGCUGAGCCCAUGACUAGCACUGGGGACAAGGUCUUAGAAAGUAUAGUAUAGUAUAGUUGAUGGUUAAUUAUAUAUGUUAAUUUAUAUAGUUUUCCUUUUUGUUAGUUGUAAUAUAUAUGAAUGAUAUGGAAAUUUACAAAUGAUAUAACUCAUCAUGCGCAGUUUGAGUCAUAGUAAUUGAAUUUUUCGAUUAAGUGAAAGACCCAAUUUUGGUUUAGGUCGUGAGGUUAUGUAUAGCUCGUUCUUCCGUUCGUUAUACAAAUUAUGUACUACUAUCUCAGAUGGAUAACUAUAAUAAUGUCAAAGCAAACAAGAAAUGGUGGUAAGUUUAGAAUUUUCUUCAUUCUCUUCGCAGGAACGUUUCAGUUUUGCUUUUAUUCAGUUAUGUCUGUUGUUAAACAGUGUUUGGGCUUUAAUUAUAUAAAUAGAGGUAAGUAUGCGCUUCGCGCAUAAUAAUAUUUCACUAGGAUAAGAUCUGCGCCUUGCGCGGGAUUA